AUGCAGGAGUUCUGGGCUACUCGAAUUGUGCUUGUCCUGCUCCUGAUUGCGGUCUGCGACUUCUGCAACAGGAGCCUGUUCCGGUACAAAGAUGCCAGAGCAGACUGGGCAACCGGGGGUUACUUGCAACCGCACGGACUCUGUGGAGAGGAGAGUGAAUGCGUGCUGCAUCCCAAAGAUACAGGCUUAAUGGCCUCAAACUUCGUCAUUUCGCAAGAAAGGCCUUCGGGGUUUCGAUAUUCCGUGCUGGAUGAUGGCUACAACUUGACGGUGGCGAGUGGACAAAUGGAAGCCAGGUGUCGCAUGACCUCAAUGACCCAUCAGCUCGUCAGUGCACCGGUGGCGAAUGGAUCGCAGACCGAGGUGCGGACUCAACCACACUUCGUGCUGCACUUCUCUUCUUGCCAGCCACUCGAUGGUUCUGCCACUGCCGUGGUCAGCGUCGCCCUUUUGAUCCCAAUCACCGCUGCAUCUGAUCGCGAGUGCACAGUCCUUCCGUGGAUAUGCGCCCUUGAUCCUACUGCUUUUAAUUUGGAAUGCACCAGCACAACCACGACUUCGACAACCGCGACAUCCACAAGUACAUCAAGCCUCAGCCGGACAUCAACACACACUGCAACCCGCAAGACCUCAGACACCUUCGCACGGUAUCUAGACUUCGAGUACACUUCUCCUUCGCGGAAAUGCGGAGGGGAGCGGAGCUACUCGAAGGUGCACCCAAUGACCAAGCAGGAAUGUGUGCACAGUUGUGUUGUGGAUGCUGCUCCUCAAUGCCGUGCAUUUAAGUUCAAUCUCGUGGGAAACCGUGGCCAACCGGAGUGCUGGCUGUACAGUGAAACAGCCGAUGUGGACCGGGAGCCCAGCGACCAGAAUUGCUACGAGGUUCAGCGUAUGUUACCAGACUAUGAAGUUCUCGCAAAGAGGCGGCGGCUGGGACAACAGUGGGACCUGGUGAAACAGGUUCAAGAAGCGCUGUCUGGGAUUGUUGAUGGUGUCCCUGGGCCAAGUAGUACUACCGCCACCGUGUCCACCUCAACCGUUACCAUGACCAGCAUCACAGUCACGACAAUCACUGCCAGCACAACGAGCAGCACUGCCACGAGCACCACCAGGACCGCCACAACGACAAGCCUUACUUCUACAAGCCAUACAUCAACAAGCAGAACAACAUCUGGCACCGUGACCAGCACGACAAGCACUACGACCACGAUGACCAGCACAACCAGCACGACAACCACCAUAACCAGUACAACCAGCACCACCACGACCUUGUUAAGAACAUCUAUCUCCUUGGCCAGCUUGCUCCAGCCCAGUGGUGGUAGAGACCAUGGUGCUGAGCUGGUUAUUGACGAUCCCAGGGACAGGGAAGUGUUUUGGGAUUCAGUUGCGGCGACGGCAAAUGGUGGCGACAGAUUCCUCGUGUACCAGCUGCAAACUCAAUAUCACACAUGCCACCGAGAUGUUGAGAUGCUCGGAACCAUGUUGACUGAGAACAUCUUUGUGCAGAGGUGCGAGAAGUGUAGCGCAGCAAAGCUUAGAACAGACAGCACCUGCAGCCCGGACUACUGCGACAAGCACUUCAGGAACUCCGAGACGGAGGAUAUUUGGAAACUCCUGUUAGUCUUUUUCGCGCAUUGCAUUGCAGGCCACCUGGUGCAGUGCUGCUGCGUCAAAAACUCCUGGACCAGGGUCGUGCGCAUUGUGGAAGACAUCAUGUCAGGUUGUUUCGGGCUUGCUUGCUUCCAUCCGCAGAUGCAGGGCUAUCACAACCUGGAAAUUGUUAGAGAGGGAGUGGCGAUUUCAGACAAUUCGAGAGAUGCGCAGAGAGCCAGCUGCCCCUUCCACACGCACGUGCCGGAAGCGAGCCAGCGUGCUUGGGAGCAAACUCAGGUCCUGGAGGUAGUGCGAUGUGAUCCUGCUGCAAUUCAUGAUUUGAUUCGUGAAGAGAAGUUGCAAGGCUGCUCGAAAGAAACACUCAUCGCCCUGACAGACAUUGGGCCGCUCUGGGACGAGCUUCAUAUAGAUAGCCAGCAAGACAAUGCCAAGGUGGCCGGCAUUAGAUUGUGGUCAUGUCUCAGCCUCAUCACACUGGUGGUAGGCCUUUUGUGCCUCCGGUUUGCACGCUGGCUGGUCUUUCCACUGUUUUUGGGUCAGAUGUUUCCAACAUGCCUGCUCGCUGUUGGGUGUCUCUUCUGCCUCUCUCUGUAUGUGUGGCUGAACUGUGGCAGCAUGUUCAGCCGGGGCGAUGACUUACAAGCGAAGGAGGCCUUGCUUCAGGAACUGGCAGAGAUCGAGUUGGACCGAAUGGGGCUGCCGCAUCACUGCAUCCCCAUUUGCGGCAGCAAGCUUCAAGUCCUUGCUGAGCUGGUAAAGAAAGGCCUCCUUGGAAAGGAGGGCUGCUUGGUCAAGAAAGGCGAUUUCGAGAUGUAUGCACACGACAUCAUGUUGGCACUCGUAGCCAGCGACGGCCUUGCAUUCAACGAUGUUGUCUACAGAAGGACAGGCACAGAUACCGAUGGUUCCCCGAUGUACUCCUUCAUCUGGGGUGAAAGAGAGCCAUAUGUACCAUACAAGGAGCGCAUCGCAAAAGGAAGAAAAUGCGGGGAACAGUUUCUGGAGCUGGCAGAGGCUGCCUGUGGAAGUGAUGGCGAAGCUGUUGCUCAUUUCCUUUACUUGCUGAGCCAAGAUCCAGAUCUCUUCGAAAACAUCAGUCGCUUGCCGGAGCAGCGGCCAACAGAAAGAGCCAGAUACAAGCAAAUUUGCAAGCUCGCAGUCUUGAUCUCUCCAGAGUCGAUUCUCCACAUCGAGAAGUUUGCAGGGGGUUCUGCACCCCACUUGUCUCCUGUUGGCCCUGUUGUCGAUGAGGGAACUUGGCAAGAAUGUCAACUCAUAGCAAAAAGUAGGAAGAGCCACAUCCUGUGGCUGCUAUACAAGCACAGGACGUGGAUGUGUUCAAUGCUGGUUCUGAUGGUUGCCGUGAUUUGCUGGCUUGGGAUUGCCAUGGUCAAGUGGCAGUACAAUUGCCCUUUCGCCAAGUUUGUUUUAUGCAGAAGGAUUCAAUCUGUCGCACUCUCCAUUUUUAUUGGUGUUUUGGUGGCUGGGGCAUAUUACAUACACAGCGUUCGAUCCUUCAUCCCGAACGACAUCACUUCCGGCCCUCGUUUGUUCCACAAGCUUGAGCUGGCAUUUCAGGAUAUCUUGGGGCAAGACGCCGGACACCUGAUACCGUAUGCGUUCUUCCCCAGGAUCUUGAUCACCCUGCCGCUGGCCUGCAUCUUGUGCAGCUGGACGUACCACAUCCAUCGCAGCGAGAUUUCCAGCGCCUGUGAGUUCUCCAGCCUUGCUCCGCCGAGCUUGGAUGCGAAUGGCAUGAACAAUGUCAAGGCCGCUUUUCAGCUUGCUUUUGCUGGUGCGGCUGCGAUUCCGGCAGUCCAAUGGACGGUCAGAAGCUCUGCUUCAGCUGCAAUGACGCGGCUCGCUUCAGCAGGUACCUGCUUGGAAAGCGAAGCAGAAGGUUCAUCCAGAGGGAUUGCGCUCCUUCCGACAACUCUCCCUGGCGGUGAGUCCUGA